AACUCCUCCCAGCAAAAAUUCUCAUUUGAAACGAGGAAGAUCCGUUUUCAGACAAAAAGGGAUAGAGUAUCUACCUGUACCCCUCCAAUUAUAGAAAAUGUUGAGUAAAAAAUUCUAUGUCAAAAGAUACGAUAAACGUAAAGAAGACAACUAAAAAAAUAGGAAACAAAUCAAACCAGCAGUUUUUGGAUAAAUAUCCGAGCACAAACCGUAAUAAUUUGGCGACAAAAAAAGAAGCAUUUGAUUGUCUUCCAGCUAGCUAGUUUCCCAUAGGUUUUCAGGCAAUUCAAUGAAGGUUCCUGAGUGGGCUUAUGGGGUUCCUCCUAUUAGUGUUAUUGGGGAAAGCUAUUGUACUCCUUACCCCCUUGAGUUGAUUGUCAAGAAGAAGAUUAAUAAACUAUCCAGUUCGCAAUUUCAAGUGUUUGAUCUCAGUGGAAACUUUCUCCUAAAGGUAGAUGGUGGUGUCUGGAACUUCAAGCUGAAAAGAGUUUUGCUUGAUCCUGCUGGUUUUCCAAUCCUCACAUUGCGGGGAAAGGCACUUGCAUUUCGGCAUAAAUGGAAGGCUCACGCAGGUGAAAGCACACACGACACCAGCAAUAUCCUCUUCUCUGUGAAGCAAUCUCAUCCUCUCCAGAUUAAAAAACAGAUCAAUAUCUUCUUGGCAAACAACUUCAAGAAAAAGGAACCUGACUUCCAUAUAACUGGAGCUUACACAUCCUUGUCAUUCAAAGUUUAUGAAGGCCGUAGACUCAUUGCAGAGGUCAAACAUAACUUCACUCUUGAAAGUUUCUGCAAGGGAAAGGAGAAAUACAAGGUUAAAGUUUAUCCAGAGGUUGAUUAUGCAUUCAUCGUGGCAUUGCUGGUGAUUCUUGAUGAGAAUGACACCCCUUGAGCAGGUGGUCCUUUUUCUUCACCGGUAUUCUGCAACGACGCUCCGAAAUUGUUUCUGAUGUUUGUUAAGCUUUUUUUUUAUUUCCUUGUAUUAUCUCUGUACUCGUAAGGACUUGAGUAUAUUAAUGGAUGUCACUUUUAAUC